AAAGUAUCAGUUGUAAAGGUUUAUACAAUCUUAUAUCUACAUGCGUAUCACUUUACUAGCCUCAUGCGCCUUCGUUCAAACAACAGGUUUUCGUCAGUAUCUUUUAUCCGGGGAGAGCGUUGGUGUAUGCUUGUUUAAAAAACAUUUUCAAAAUGGCACAUGGAAGUGUUAAAAAGGCACAAAGCAAGCCGCCGGCUGCGUCUUCUACAAAAACUACCAAAACAGAGACGACAAAGCAAAAAUCUAAUGUAGGACAAGAAAAGACAGUGGUUCCACCAAAGCAAACCCCAAAAUAUUCUACCCGGGAAAAACAGAUUAUCUGGGAAGACGACAAUGAUCUAGAUAUUGAGGACAUCACAUUCGUUGUGCCAAUUAUAAUUUCGGUGAUAAUUUUAUUCGUGUUUUUCCUGAGGAAAUAUAUUCGAUGGAAUGUAAACUGCCAAAGCAACAACCGUAUUGAAGGCAAAACGGUGAUCAUAACAGGAGCUAAUACAGGUAUUGGGCGGGCAACAGCCACCGAACUUGCUAGACGAGGAGGCAGGGUGAUUCUUGGCUGCAGAGAUAAACUUAAAGGCGAGGCGGUUGCAAACAAGAUACGGAGCAAGACUAGAAAUCAAGAUGUAUACGCUUAUGAACUUGAUCUUGGCAGAUUGACGUCUGUAAAAGAAUUUGUCGAAAAUAUAAACCGUCGGGAACCACUGCUCCAUGUUCUUAUUAACAAUGCAGCAUAUAUGGGUCCAAGGGAGACCACAUCUGAUGGAUAUGAGAGGAAUUUUGGAGUCAACUACCUAGGUCACUUCUACUUGACAAACCUUCUGACUGACAAGCUGAAACGUAGCGCUCCUAGUAGAGUGAUAAACCUCGUGUCGGACAGUUACACAAAGGGAAAGUUGGAUUUUGACGAUCUGGCAAUGACGAACUAUGAUGUAUAUAAGGCUUAUGGACGAUCCAAGUUAGCUAUGGUGAUAUUUACAAUGGAACUACAUCGUCGGCUGUCGCCUUUCAUUGUGCAUUCUUUCGGAGUACAUCCGGGAAUGGUCUGUACUGAUCUUCUGAGAAACUGGCCAGGGUUAUCUGGUAAUGUGUUACGCGCUUGCGCUAGAGUUUUCUUCAAGUCGCCAGAAGAAGGUUGCCAAACGGUUGUUUUCUCUGCUGUAGCCGACAAACUGCGCGACAUGUCUGGAAAAGUCCUAGAGAACUGUACUAUCUACAAAAUAAAGAAUUUUGCAAAGGAAAAGGAACUCGGCACGAAAUUAUGGAUUGUUUCGCUUCAGUUAUGUGGACUAGCUGAUCAAAUACCGGAAACAGAAGAAGACGUCGUUGCUGACAACAGAGAAAGUACCGCAAACGGUAAACAGCAAGUUGAAAAUGUAGGACAAAGAAACGAAGAACAAAAGAAGGAAAAAUAAAGUAUCGAAACGUUUGUUUGAAAAGGAACUAGAUCCUAUAUUUUGAUGGAUUGCAGUUUUCCAGAUAUAGCCAUAAGGUUUUAGCGAUUCUUAAAUUGAAAUUGAAGUGUUUGAUUCACAGACAUUUUGGAUCUUUUGUCGAAACAUUUUUAACGUUUAAAACAUUUGCGUAUAGUUUUGAUUUUAAAAAAAUCCUCUCAGUGCAAUUUUUAGUGAUCUUCACACAAACACUUGGGGUCAAGACCCGCCUCCACUCAGCCGCCCCUGCAAACUGUUAGCAAAUAAUUUUAGCAUUAUAAAACAAACUGAGCACUGUUGACAAUCAUAAAACAGGUUUUGUUUCAGCAUGUUCUGAAAAUACACUUUUUACCAUCACUGAUCUUGAAAUGAUGAGCAACUGUGAAAGCAAUAGUCGAUUUAGCAUUAAUAAUUAGCACCUACCAGUGAAUCCCUAGUACCAAUCGACGGGUCUGUAACUAUUCUUUCAACUGAUGAGAAAGAAAUAACUAUCAUAAAUCGAUCAAAUAAUUGAUCCCUGCUUUGUUCCGGAUCGCUGUAUGUUGACGUCACGUCAGCCAAAAUUUGACUUUUCAGGAGUGAUGAAAUCAAACAUGAUGAAAUUACAACAAAACACGUUUUAUGAUUGUCACCUUGCUAUAAUGCUGAAAAUAUUGCCCAACACUUGACAGGGGCGGUGGAAGGGUUGCUAACCCCAAGUGUGUGUGGUUUCAAAAAGUUUUACUUGUUGUACUUAAAUCGUUCUAAAAACCAGAAAGCUUGUUGAUAAAUGCACAUUUGACGAUGGGGUUUUGGAGUCUUGUUCCAAAAUGUCUGUAGUUUGAGUUGUUAGUAAAUGCUUGAAUGUGCUGUUGUUGUCAAUAUAGAGCCAUGUUGUGUAAUUGCAGCAGUAUAAUUAUUAGAAAUCAGUCUUUCAUUUAAUCUUGUUGUGUUCAAUUUAGGUUGCUAUACAAUUUAUAUUGAUUUGGUAGAUAGUGGGUUGACUUUGAUAUUUGUAUCAUAGACAAGUGUUUUUCAAACUUGACUCAACAAAUGUAUAGGCAAUGCAUAGUCACAUGCGCAAUAAAAACACGUUUGAAACGAAAUGUCACAUAGCAAAACAGUUUUAAUUGAUUCACGCACGCACGCACGCACGCACGCGCGCAUACACACACACACACACACACACACACGCACGCACACACACACACACACACACACUGAGUUGGUCAUUUGCUGCGCAGAUCGUCAUUUGCGGCGAUUAUACGUCGUACGAAAUAAUCAACUCGGGCUACGCCACGUUCGAUCGUGUAUAAGUAGUUUUUAAACACUGUUUUGCUAUAAAUUAUUUUUCAACUGAUGUGUCGAAUUCAAAAGCAUUAACAGUGAAUAUACAAAAAUUGGAUUAACACAAGAUGGUAUAUAAAAAGCGUGACACGCUAUGCAUUAUGGAAUGUUAGCUAAUAUAAAGUACGAUCAUCUGUAAAGAAAACCACGAAUUUUAUUCACUGAAUAAGAUAUUCAUUAGAUAAAAUAUAUUCACUGGAUAUUCACAUCGGAUUGUUUGUUUGUGUUACUACUUUAUUACAGAUAAUGCAAAAAAUGUUCAAUAGAAAUUUGUUUACAACACAAAA